UUCGAGUCGUGCGUAAUGCCGCACUGCACAUCAAUGCUUUACCAAAAAAAAAAAGGAAAAGAAAAAUGGGAAAAAGGACUCUGGACACGCCCACUCAGCGCUCUCCUCCAAUCAGACGCGUUCGUGUGUUUCAACUCAGUGCGCUGCUGCCGGAGUGACCGCCAGUUGAAACCCUUCGAGCGCAUCGCUUCAUCCAGACUCCGGCUCCAGAACCCACAAAGAAAUCAAGAUUAUUAGGUGAAAAAAAAAAAUCCAUCACAAAGAAACAGCAGCUAAAAAGAAGCGGAUUCUCAAGUUUGUUUUGUUUUUUUUAAUUUUUAAUAUUUUGAAUAACAGAAGAGAAAGAAGAAAACUCCCGGCUUUUCCCGGACACUUUUGGUUGUGAUUUUUCUCAACUCAAACUUCCACCAGACUUCUAGUUUCCUUUAAACAAAUCAUUUCAUCACAGCGUGCAGGAUCGAUCAUGGGAUUAUUCUCCUUCUGUGAUGUGGAUUGUAAAGUCGUGUGAGCACGAGCUCAAAUCGCCCGGUCGGGACCAUGUGAACGGAUUCGCUUCGUGGCUUCUGACGUUUCUGGAUAUUUUAAAAAGCAUCGGCAACAGUUGAACCCGACGUCUCUUUUUUUCAUCCCUCCAUCUCUCUCUUUCUCUCUCUCGUGCCCCCUUUCCCCCACCUCCAACUCCCCGGUCUUUCCUUUUUUUCCAUCAGGUGUUCUUUCUUGUCUAUUGGGACCAAAAAAAAAGAAAUGGGACUCUAGCCUGAUCAGUUUCGUCAUCUUUUUUUUUUUCGGAAGUGCAUCAUCCAUGUCUGCCCUGCUAUCUGAGACUCUCUCUAAUGCGUUUGAACAAGUCCGCCGAUCCUACGACGGGGUUCUGAUCAGACUCUCGCGCUGCGCCAUGUCCGUCAUGAACUUGGCCGUGCGCUUGUUGCAAUUGUUUUGCGUCACGCUGCUUUAUUUCUCAGCUGUCAAGAGUGCCUAUAUCCCUAAAGAAAAUGGAGGCAGCGCGAUUGAAGUCGUGCCAUUUACCGAGGUCUACAAUAAGUCGAUGUGCCGGCCACGGGAAAUGCUCGUGGAGGUCCAUCAGGAGUAUCCAGAAGACAUCGAGCACAUUUUCAUUCCGUCCUGCGUGGUGCUCAUGCGCUGUGCCGGCUGCUGCAACGACGAGAUGUUGGAGUGCGCGCCCACCGCCACGCGCAACAUCACCAUGGAGGUACAAAAAUUAAAACCCCUGCGCAUCAAGCGCAACUACCCAAUGAGUUUUGCAGAACACACUGAAUGUGAAUGCAGAGUAAAGAAGGACUUCCAGGAUAAGACAGAAAUUAAUAAAGGUGGACGCCGUUGCCAAAAGUAUUGGGACACCUGAUUUUUUUCCCCUUCAACUUGAAACUUGAAUUAGGAUACCAAACAAGCCUGUGUAGAAACCCAAGUCCAUGAAGAUAUGGUUGCUACAGCUUGGAAGGGAAGAUCUUGAAUGUCCUGCUAUAUCACAGUAAACUCAAUGGAACAUCAUUGGGAUGAAUUGGAACGUUGACGGCGCCUCAGACCUCCUCACACAUUUUCAGCUAAAUCAGCUGGAAGAAUCUACUGGACCAGAUGAGUGGAGCUUAUUGUAACAGCAUUGUAUUUGUUUGUGCACCAUGACAACAGUGCAAAAAAAUAAAGAAUGUGAACUGAAUCGAAUUGCGUUUGACUCUUUUUUUCGUUUGUAUGUUUUAAUGUCUAUUUGUAUAUUACUAGAGAUAGAUGUAUGUGUGUGUGGUUCAUAUCCAGUGUUGUGUACAUGCGGAUAUACCUGGUUACCCGGAUACAUGUUUUACACCUCGGCCGGGCUCGCAGGUGCAAGUGCAGGUGCAUGCUAUGCCAUGCCUAACAGCUCCCAAUCCCCCAAUGCACAAUCCACUCAGGUGGGCUGUUGCCAUAGCUACUGGCUAAUCAGGAGACUCGGGACAAUAAAAACGCUUGCUUCACAACAUAGUGUGUCAGAAUGUGUGACGAUUUGCUUUUCUAAUUAUUAUAAAUGCAGUAUAUAUAUUUCUUUUUUUUGAUUU